AUGCACAGAACGUAUUCGUUGAGGAACCAGAAGACGCCUACAGCGUCGGAUUUACAAUCACCACCACCACCACCAUCUAGUACUAGGUCGAAAUUUUUCGGUAGGGCGUCUAUUGCUUCAUCAUUCAGAAAGAAUGCAGCAGGGAAUUUCGGGCCUGAGUUGGCUAGGAAGUUAUCGUUUUUCAUCAAGACUGAGAAGGGCGUGAUGAGAGCGUUGGAAGUUGUUGCUACUGAACGGCGUGCUGCUGCUAGGCAGUUGUCUAUAUGGGGGUUGGAUAAUGAUGAUGAUGUUUCUGAUGUAACCGAUAAGUUGGGUGUUUUGAUCUAUGAGUUGGGUGAAUUGCAAGACCAGUUUAUUGAUAAGUAUGAUCAGUAUCGGAUUACUAUGAAGUCUAUUAGGAAUAUCGAGGCGUCAGUGCAGCCUUCGAGGGACCGGAAGCAGAAGGUCACCGAUCAGAUUGCCUUUUUGAAGUAUAAGGAUCCUCAGUCUCCAAAAAUACCAAUUUUGGAGCAGGAAUUAGUGCGUGCGGAGGCGGAAUCUUUAGUUGCUGAAGCUCAGUUGUCUAAUAUUACCAGGGAGAAGUUGAAGGCCGCUUUCAAUUAUCAGUUUGAUUCUAUGAGGGAGUUGUCUGAGAAGUUUGCUCUAAUUGCAGGUUAUGGUAAGGCGCUAUUGGAGUUGUUAGAUGAUGCACCUGUUACUCCAGGUGAGAUAAGACCUGCUUAUGAUGGUUAUGAUGCAACUAGACAAAUAAUCAUGGAUGCAGAGGCUGCUUUGGAGGCAUGGACUUUGGAGGCGGCUGCUGUAAAGCCAAAUUUAUCCUUCCAUCAAACUAUGGACGAUGUCUAUGAGGAGAAUGAAGCUGAGGAAGCUGAAAAGGAAUGGGCAGACGAACAUGAUGACGAACAAGAUGGCGAACAUGAGGAGGCUGAAAUAAGCAAGUAG